AGCAAUAGACUGUGGUUACCCUAGCGAAGUUCUAAAUGGAUAUUAUUUGGUAUCAAAUGACACAGUUGGAAAUAAAGUAACCUUUUAUUGUGACAUUGGUUACAAGAUGGUGGGCAGAGAUUAUCAACAAUGUACAGCUGAGGGAUGGCUUGGGGAUGUUCCAUCCUGUGAACCAAUAAACUGUGGUAACCCUGGUUCACUUCCGAAUGGAUUUUAUAAAGCACCAAAUUGGACUGUUGGAAGUAAUGUUACCUUUUAUUGUGAUAUUGGAUAUAAAAUUAUCGGCAGAGAAUAUCGACAAUGUACAGCUGAGGGUUGGGAUGGCGAAGUUCCAUCAUGUGAACCAAUAACCUGUGGUCACCCUGGAGAGAUUCCAAAUGGGCAUUAUCAGCCUCUAAAUGAGACAUUUCCAAAUAAAGUUAUAUUUUCUUGUGACUUUGGAUAUGAGAUGGUGGGUAGAGGCUAUCGACAUUGUACAGCUGACGGUUGGGAUGGUGAUGUCCCAUCCUGUGAACCAAUAAACUGUGGAAACCCUGGUUCAAUUCUGAAUGGAUAUUAUAAAGCAUCAAAAUGGACUGUUGGAAGUAAUGUUACCUUCUAUUGUGACAUUGGAUACCAAAUUGUUGGCAGAGAUUAUCAACAGUGUACCUCUGAUGGUUGGGAUGGUGAGGUUCCAUCCUGUGAACCAAUAACCUGUGGAAACCCUGGGGAGAUUCUGAAUGGAUAUUAUACGAAACCAAAUGAGACAGUUGGAAAUAAAAUGUUCUUUUAUUGUGACUUUGGAUACAAGAUGGUGGGUAGAAAUUAUCGGCAAUGUACAGCUGAAGGUUGGGAUGGUGAUGUCCCAUCCUGUGAACCAAUAACCUGUGGUAACCCUGGCAAGAUAUUGAAUGGAUAUUAUAAUGCACCAAAUAAGACAGUUGGAAACAAAGUUACUUUUCAUUGUGAUAUUGGAUAUACAAUGCUUGGAAACAGUUAUCGGGAAUGUACACCCAACGGUUGGGAUGGUGAAGUUCCAUCUUGUGAACCACUAAACUGUGGUAACCCUGGCAAAAUUCUGAAUGGAUAUUAUACAGCCUCAAAUGACACAGUUGGAAAUAAAGUGACCUUUUAUUGUUACGUUGGAUACAAGAUGGUGGGCAGAGAUUAUCGACAAUGUACAGCUGAGGGAUGGCUUGGGGAUGUUCCGUCCUGCGAACCAAUAAACUGUGGUAACCCUGGUAUAAUUCUGCAUGGAUAUUAUAAAGCACCAAAUUGGACAGUUGGAAGUAAUGUCACAUUUUAUUGUGAUGUUGGUUACAAAAUUAUUGGCAGAGAAUAUCGACAAUGUACAGCUGAGGGUUGGGAUGGCGAGGUUCCGUCAUGUGAACCAAUAACCUGUGGUCACCCUGGAGAGAUUUUGAAUGGGCAUUAUGAGUUUCUAGAUGAGACAGUUGCAAAUAAAGUUAUUUUUUACUGUGACUUUGGGUGA